CAUCGCUAUUAUCGGCCAUCAAACAAUCGAUAGACCUGUUCAUCUCUAGUAUAUACAUUCUGAGUGAAAAUUUAUUCUCUGGUAUCUAGUGUGAAAAUUUCGUUCUAAAAUUCGCUUGGAAUUUAUUUGCAGUUGUGCCCAAACGAUUUGUUAGUGAAAAGCAAUGUUACCGCAUCUCUGAUGCCCCUCGUGUCAGCUACCCGUCUUGGCCAGCUGCAAAUUGACCGAAUCAGCUUGUUGGACAUUCAAGCACCCAAUUCUAGCCGGAAAAAGGCUGAACUGGCAACACUGCAGUCGCCAGAGCCGCCGCCGACACAAUACUCGGGCAAAAUGAAUAAACCAAAGUGCACGUUGGCUUUUUGUUAAUUUUUCGCAAUUUUUGAUUCGUGUCGUCAUCUCGCCAUCGCCAUCGUCAUCGUCAUUGCCAUUGUCAAUUGUCGCCCACCACCCGCUCAGACCCUCCCACCAUCUUCGACAGUCUUGUGGGGGACACCUUUUGGCAAAACCCCGUUCCCAGUGCAGCAUUGAUUGAGCCCCACACCUCAAGCAACAUCUCCUCAGCAUCUCUCAGUCGUCAUAUUCCAAUAUACUGUUCAGUUAUGUCAUCGACUGCCGGAAAACGCAAGGAGAUCUACAAAUAUCUCGCACCAUGGCCGCUCUAUUCCAUGAACUGGAGUGUGCGACCGGACAAGCGGUUCCGCCUUGCCCUGGGCAGCUUCAUCGAGGAGUAUAACAAUAAAGUGCAAAUCAUCAGCUUGGACGAGGACACCAGCGAAUUUAGUGCUAAAAGCACCUUUGAUCAUCCAUAUCCGACGACAAAAAUAAUGUGGAUACCGGACUCGAAAGGCGUUUAUCCCGAUUUGCUAGCCACCAGCGGCGACUAUCUGCGCGUGUGGCGUGCCGGCGAGCCGGAUACAAGACUUGAGUGCGUUCUGAACAACAACAAGAACAGCGACUUUUGUGCUCCGCUCACGUCGUUCGACUGGAACGAGGUGGAUCCCAAUCUGGUGGGCACCUCCUCCAUAGACACAACAUGCACCAUCUGGGGCCUCGAAACGGGCCAACCGCACGCCCGCGUCUAUGUGGCGGGACAUGUGAAGACGCAGCUGAUAGCCCACGACAAGGAGGUCUAUGACAUCGCAUUCUCACGUGCUGGCGGUGGACGGGACAUGUUCGCCUCCGUGGGUGCCGAUGGAUCGGUGCGCAUGUUCGAUCUGAGGCAUCUGGAGCAUUCAACCAUUAUUUAUGAGGAUCCUGCCCACACGGCGCUACUGCGUCUGGCUUGGAACAAACAAGAUCCGAAUUACUUAGCCACAGUUGCCAUGGACUCGUGCGAAGUUAUUAUUUUAGAUGUUCGUGUUCCUUGUACUCCCGUUGCAAGACUGAGCAAUCACAGAGCGUGCGUCAACGGUAUUGCGUGGGCGCCGCAUAGUUCCUGUCACAUCUGCACUGCCGGUGAUGAUCACCAAGCACUGAUCUGGGAUAUACAACAAAUGCCACGCGCAAUCGAGGAUCCAAUUUUAGCCUAUACAGCUGCCGAGGGCGAAGUCAAUCAGAUUCAAUGGGGCGCCACACAGCCCGAUUGGAUAGCCAUUUGCUACAACAAAGCGUGCGAGAUCCUCCGAGUCUAAGAGUCAAUUUUAUCCCUGCCUGCCUCCUGCCUUUGGCUGUGGCUGUGGCUCUAAAGCACUUGGAUGUAAUUGCUAAACAACGCACAGUCAACCACAAGAACCACACAUCCGCAGAACACACCCUCACAUGUACACACACACACACACACACACACACACACACACACACACACACACACACACACACAUUUGCUGUUGGUAUUUCGGAUGAACCUGAAGUGAAGGCUAUGUAAGAGUGGAUUUAUGUUAAAUCGGUUCCUCCGCAUCUGUCACUUGUUUAAUUGAAAGCUUUUGUCUGUAGUUUGCCUUGUUCCAGAACGAGCGAGAGAGAGAGAGAGAGAGAGAUAUGAACAAGAGGGAUAGAAUGAGGCAAAGAGAGAGAGACAGAUCAAGAGGAUUCUAAAGAAGGAUAGAUAGAGAGCGUCGCGCUCUGAUUGGAGGAUGUAUGUAUUUUUAGAUAUCUUAGCUUAGUUGAUUAUACGAGUAUAUAAGUCGGGAAUCUAUAAGGUAUAACCAAAAGAUGUAUUUCUAACUGUAGUUUAUUUAACCGUUGACGAGACCCCCCUUUUAGCCAUAUGACAUUCGACUUUGCUAACUUAGCGGCGAAGGGAGAGAGAGAGAGAUAGCAUCAGAGACAAAUCGCAAAACUAGUAUUCGUAGCCGUCUCCUUACACGACAUCUCUCCCGACUAUCAGUCGAGGCACUGGGACAAAAUAAUGUCAAUAAUCUCUGCCCGCAGCGCUGCUCCCAGCUGACGCAUAUAUUUCGCCCGCAGCUAGUUAGCAAAGUUAAAUGUCAUAUUGGUAAAGGCCAUAUGCCCGCAACCCAGAACAAAUCAAAGGCGCCUUCAAUAAUUUCAUAAUUUGGAAAGAAAAGUAUAAAGAAGAGAGUGAAAGAAACGAACCUACAGUUAUUUAAAUGAAAGAAAAAUGAAACAAUGUCCUACCUCGUUUUCCCACACAGAAUGUGGUUACCGUUAAUGUGUCUGGCCACAGCAACACACCCACAGACCCACACACAGACACACACAUAAAAACACAUUAAACAAAAAAGAGAGAAAAAAAGCUUUUUCGAAAUAUGUUUACUUUGUUCGUUUUUUUUUGUACGAAUUCUACGAGAACCAAACACCCGAAAAACAAAGAGAAAGAAAAACAGCAGUAAAAGAAAAACCAUGGACUUAAGCAAAUGCAAAACAAAAUAAAAGGAAGAGAAGAGAAAACAAAUAAGUUAAAUAGGCGAAAAGAUACUUACAUAUAUUACCGAAUAAAACUGAAAUCAGAAAACCAAAUGCACACGACACACAGCUAGAACACAAUACUAUCUAAAAUACAAACUAAAGCAAACGCAAAUACAAAACAAUUAAAACGAGAAAAAAAAACCGAAAUAUAUGAGCGAGAGAGAAUACAAGAUUGUUGCUAUAUCCAUUUACCAAGCGAAAGAAAAAGAAGAAAAAAACACAAACGAAACACAAAGAUAAAGAGAAACCAAACUACAAGCGAAAUAUGAUAAUUUCAAGAGUAAAGCGUUAAGACAGACUUUUCAAACAGCCCUCGCCAUCGUCCUAUCACACCAACACACAAACACACUCACAUCGCACACCACACACCACACACUACUGCCCCGCAACGAGAGCUGCAAAAGUAAAUGUAAUAAGCUCUCGCAGCGUGAAUAAGCAGGGAAAGGAGGCAAGAAUCCUCCGUGACAGGACAGGACGACACAUUUUAGAGCGUCGCCUCCUAAUACUGCUGGGCAACUGUAAGAAUCUCUCGCUGCCUCAGCGAGUCUGCAGGCAGUCUGCAGGCGGUCUGCAUGAAAGCGAACAGCAGUGAGAGAGAGAGAGACUGAAUGCCGUUGCGUAGCUUUUGGGGCCUCCAUUUUGCACUCGAACCCCAACCGACUCCCACAGAUAAUCCUCCACGUCUCUGUGUACUUCUCCAAACAAGAAUCGAAUGACUUUUUUAUGCAACUUGUAAUUUAUAGCAAUUUCACAACUUAUAUAUACAUAGAUAUAUACAUAUAUAUAUAUAGAUAUAUAUAUAUAUAUAUAAUUAUACAUAUAUAUUGCGGAAGGCGUGUUAGAUAUACCGAUGCCGUGUAAUCCGAUGAUCAUGUAUUGUAAAUACAAUAUGGAACCACUCUUUUUAACAAAAACUCCAACCAACAAUCAGAGCCAGUAAAAAAAUAAGAACACAAUUUUGAACAAGACUUAGCGCAUGAUUUUUUAUAGACAUGUAAGAUACCUGCCUACACCCUGAAUCAA